CCCGGAAAGAUGUUCCUCGCUCGCUCGUCCGCGAGGAGAGGCGACCGACCCGUCGUCGGCCCGACAUCCGGCAAGGAUGAAGAGGCGGACGGCAAUGGUUGCUCGCGAGGGAUCAGCCGGUCGUCGGAGCGGGCAUGUACGUCAUCUUCCCUGCGGAGGAGCUCCUCGGGAUCUACGAGAGUCCGCCUCGGCGGUGGACGCCACUGACGAGUGAAGGGUCGGCCCUCCUCGCCAACUCGACGGCGAGAACCAGGACCGAGAGGGUCGAGAGGUCGAAGAGAGAGGGCAAGAGGCUCGACGGGAGCCGACGCGAUAAGAGAGCCGUCGGAAACGCCCGGGAGAUUAUGCAAAACAAUCGAACCUCCGCGGAGGAGGGUAUCAACCCCUUGAAGGAUCUCACGCACUCCAGCUUCAACGAGCCCCUGAAGCUCCACAAUGGCAACGCCCUUAAGCUCGUGCAGACCGUAUCCGAGUUCACCCAGGAGCUGGGUGCGGCGAUGGAGACGCACGCCUCCACUGUGCGUCGACUGGUGGACGAGUAUCGAGUGCGAUCCGGAGAGUCGGGAGAUGCGGCGGGGAUGCGUAGAGUCUGGGAGAGUCUGCUGCGACAAGUGGAGGCCGAUGCAUCGGCCCAUCUCGACUUCGCCUCCGUACUUCAGCAGCAGAUCUCCAGACCCACCCUGGAGGCGACCUUCCACAGAAAACUGCAAUCUAGGAAGGUCUUCUCCCAUCGGGAAGCGUACGAGCAGGUGGUCGGCAAGGCCGAGGAGAAGCUGCAGCGGGCAAGGGCGGAAUAUAAACGCGCAUACGGCGCUCUCUUGACGAACGAAGGCUCGGCCGAUCCGGACACCUUGAAGAAGGCGUACCUGGAGGCGCACAACGCCUACGUGAUGCAGCUCAGGGCAACGAACGCGAUCGCCGAGCGGUACCAGCUGCACUGCCUACCGGGCCUCUUGGGCGAGAUUUCGGAGGUCUACGAGGAGCUGUUCAAUCUGGUCAGCAAUUGCGUGGUUGGGAUCUCGGAUGCUGCCGGCGAGCGGUCCAGCGAGCUAGCCAAGCGAUACCAAGCCAUCGCCAAGGAGGCCCAGGUAGCGGCACCCUCGAACGAUCUCCAAGCUCUGGCCAAAUCGCUGAUGCCGAACGUCACUCCGAGGAAGCCGGUCAGGAGAUUGUUCGUGCCCCCCUCCCCUCCGGAGCAAAUCCCAACGGAGAGGGUGAACCAGGUGCCGGCUUUGAGGGACGAGCUGGUGCCUACCGGGACCAGUACCCUGCCGCUCGUCGAGGACCUGAGAAUGGAGUUCGAGAGCCUCGGACAGGAGAUCGCUCGACUGCAGGACGCCUUGGACGCUCUGAUGAGAAUGCAACGAAAAAGCGCCGAGAGCAAUCUCUACACGAAGGUCGCCGAAUUACAGGAAGAUAUCUGCAUAAAGAGGUUCGACCUCGGCGUGGCGCAGCUGCAUCUGGCAGCGGUGCAAGCGCAGAAAGAACUCUUCGGGGGUGGAGAGGCCGGCCAGCCGGAUGGCAUCAGCAGCCGAAAAAUGUCAAAUGGCUCGACCGGAAGUACCAAACACAAAUGGCUGAAGGCCUUCAAGAGUCUCAAGACCAGCUCUCCGACAACCCCCCCUCCCUCGGACAAGAAGAGUCUCGAAUCCGAGGGCGGACAUUCCUGGAGGGAAUACACGUAUCGCAAGAUAACUCCGUGCGACGCCUGCGGACAAGUCCUGCGAGGCCACAGUCGCCAGGGUCUCAGAUGUCGAGGUUGCAAGGCCAACGCACACGCGGACUGCAUAAAUCUGGUGCAACCGGCGACGUGUCCGAGUUUAGGAGCUAAACGGAGCGGCGGGAUUCCGCUGCUGAGACGGCAGCGGACCGUCGCACCCCCCGAGGACGCGCCGCAACCGGAACACAACGUGGACGCCAUCUACCAGGUGCUCAAGCAGGCCGGCGAAAUCCGGGGAAAUGCGACAAAUUCACCACCUACGCCUCCCACCGCGGAUCAUCCUCCCUCCGGUGCGGCACCUUCGUCGGCGAGGACCUCCUCCCAACCUUGUUCCUCGUCCACCUCUGCUCCGCACAGUCCGCAACGGCGGCGCGAAAGAUUGAAUCUGAGGAUGAAGAGUCUUAGCCUCGACUCGCCCGAGGGCUCCACCCACGUCCGACAUCGGCCACGAGAUUGCUAUGCCUCGGGUCAAAGGGAAUCGACGCCCCCCAGGCACUCCGACAGCGGCAGCAUCAACCGAUUAUCUCCCUGCAGCCCCGGCCAGGGACACCCCGUGGGCCACAAACGCGUGCGAAGUGCCAUCAGGAUGUCGAGCAUGGAGCUGCCGGACGAGAACGAGAAGUCGUACUCGUCGGCCAGCACGUCACCCUGUCCGUCGCCCCACGCCAACAAUCAGAACCAUCUAAAUCCCCCAGGGAAACGCGUCCUGCCGCCUAACAACCUUUACGUCGUCCUCUACAACUUCACCGCUCGCCAUCGCGACGAGCUCGACCUCAAAGCUGGAUACAAGGUGACGGUGAUAGACAAGCCGGAUCCGGACUGGUGGAAGGGAAAAUGUCUAGGAGGCCGUGCCGGCUACUUCCCCAGUGCAUACGUGAUGCGCGUGGACCCGGGACAGAAGCCGCUGCAGGUGACGCGGAAUCUGCAGCUGGCCGACUCGACGACGCUGCUUCGCGACCAGAUCGUGAUCCAGGUCGGGGAAGAGGUCGACGGCGUGGCGAUGGUGCGGUGCGCCGACGUGGGCUCCUCGGAACAAGCGACGAAGGAGGGGGCGGUGCGCUUCAAGGAGACGCUCUGUCCCCUGAAGUACCUGCAAGAGGUGUGACACCCGCCCACGAGAUCCUACUUGGAAGGCGACCAGCGCCAACGAUGCGGUCCUCGCCCCACCCUUUCGGCGGCUCGUCGUGGCCCCGUCCCCGAGAAGUAUUACGACUGCCUACAGUGCACCGAGCGAUGU